AGCCGAGCCGUGGGGAAUGAACGGCUAGCGGUGGGCGGAGUCACAGCUUACAAAUACUGGCCCUGAACACCAGCGUCCACUCGCGCUUCAACACAACACACACCACCACAACAGACGGCUUCAGCUUCAGCAGACAGAAUGAGUCCCAAACACGUCAUCUACAAGAAACUCUCCAGAGACAAAUCUGUGGGCGUUUACAUGGGGAAACGGGAUUUCGUGGAUCACUGCGACUUUGUUGAUCCUGUUGAUGGAGUUGUGCUGAUCGACCCCGAGCAGGUGAAAGGGAAGAAAGUCUACGUCAUGCUGUCCUGUACGUUCCGGUACGGUCGGGAUGAUAUGGACGUGAUGGGAAUAGCGUUUCGCAGGGAUAUCUUCCUGUGCACUAGACAGGUCUAUCCUCCUCUGCAGGACAAGGAGCGCAGCGUUCACACCAAAGUACAGGAGAAGAUCCUGCGCAAACUCGGAGACAACGCAUAUCCCUUCUUCUUCGAGUUUCCAGAUAACCUGCCGUGUUCAGUGUGUCUGCAGCCGGGGCCCACAGAUGUAGGAAAGCGCUGUGCAGUGGAGUUUGAGGUGAAGGCAUUCUGUGCAGAAAAUCAAGAUGAAAAAGCCCAAAAGAGGAGUUCGGUCCGGUUAGCCAUCAGAAAGAUCCAGUACGCUCCAGAUAAAGGCAGCGAGGCUCCAUUGGCCGAAACCACCUGUGAAUUCAUCAUGUCUGAUAAACCGCUGCACAUGCGUGUCAGUCUGGAGAAAGAGACGUAUUACCACGGAGAGGAGAUGAACAUUAGCGUGGACAUCGACAACAGCUCCAACAGGAACAUGAAGAACUUGUCAGUCUCAGUGGAGCAGGUCACUAAUGUGGUGCUUUACUCAAACGACAAGUACAUCAAAACUGUGGCCUAUGAGGAAACCAUGGACACGGUGCCGUCUGGUACGAGUCUGAAGAAGGUUUACACCCUCUGUCCUCUACUGGACAAUAGCCCUGAGAGACUGGGACUCGCUCUGGAUGGAAAACUAAAGCAUGAGGACACUAACCUGGCCUCCUCCAGCAUUGUAAAGGAUGAAGUGCUGAAGGAGAUUCUGGGAAUGUUGGUGGCUUAUAGGGUGGUGGUGAAGUGUGAUGCAGCCGGCAUCGUUGGAUCCAGUGAGGUUGCUGUGGAGGUUCCCUUCAAACUCAUGCAUCCUAAACCUGAUCCAGAGAGUGAAGACACAACUGACCUGGUGUUCGAGGAGUUUAAACGCUCGUAUCUGAAAGGAAUCAUCGGUGACGAUGACGAAUCUCCGGCUGAGCCUUGAGAGCCUUCUCCGUGAAGAGUGCUCACGUAUGAGUGUACACACACAGACUCAUUCAUAAGCAUUUAUGGAUGCAUGUUGAGAUUGUGUAGAUGUUGUGAUGUGCACUAAUGCAAGAACUUCUAAGCCAGGUGAGGGAAAAAAAACAAUCAGCCAAAUCAGCAUUUAUGCUGCAGUCUCCAUACAUUCACUGCAAAUAUGUAUAUUGUAGCAAACCUGAUCAGCGCUGCUAAAUAUUUGCAGUUAGAACCAAAAAUCAUUAUUCCAAGUGUGAACGUAGUUCAAAAGGCUUCUUAGAAUACUGAAAUUAUAUGCUGAUAUAUAGUACAUUUUAUUUGUCAUGAAUGGAUGUACUGCAUAGUAAAUUAGAGGCAGAUUCUGUUGUUACUUGCUCUUUAAAUAAAUGCUUUGAACUAAAAGAAAACUCUUUGUGACAGCAAAACAUCUGGGUUUACAUGAUCUCUGUACCAAAAGACUGACAAUUUUUAACAAAACCUUCAUUUCAAAGCCUUGUAACAUGUGUAGUUAAAUUAGUUUGUAAAUUAGUCUUGUAAAAUGAGUUUAAUUAACCAAAGAUUCUCAUGGCCUGGUGGAAUGCCACCCUAUACUCAGCAAACUACAGUUAACAUACAAUUUUAGUGUGCAGCUUCUUAUGGCAGCAAUCCAGAGAUAAACUCAAACCUGUUUACCUUUAAUAAUCGGUUUCA